UGACACGAAGUCGGUGGCGGUAACCGGGUCGGCGCGGAGUUUUCGCCGCCAUGAGCCGGAGUUAUAACGAUGAGCUGCAAUACCUGGAUAAGCUCGACAAGAACUGCUGGCGCAUCAAGACGGGCUUCGUGCCCAACAUGCAGGUGGAAGGUGUGUUCUACGUGAAUGAUCCUUUAGAGAAGUUGAUGUUUGAAGAGUUAAGGAAUUCCUGUCGAGGGGGAGGUGCUGGUGGCUUCCUCCCAGCCAUGAAGCAAAUUGGAAAUGUGGCUGCGCUGCCUGGCAUCGUUCAUAGAUCUAUAGGACUUCCUGAUGUCCAUUCUGGCUAUGGCUUUGCCAUUGGUAACAUGGCUGCUUUUGAUAUGAAUGACCCAGAAGCAGUGGUAUCACCAGGCGGUGUCGGCUUCGACAUCAACUGUGGUGUGCGGCUGUUGCGUACCAAUCUUGACGAGUGUGAUGUCCAGCCUGUGAAGGAGCAGCUGGCCCAGUCCAUGUUUGACCACAUUCCUGUUGGUGUAGGAUCCAAGGGCGUCAUUCCUAUGAAUGCCAAGGAUCUGGAGGAGGCUCUGGAGAUGGGAGUGGACUGGUCUCUGCGUGAGGGUUAUGCCUGGGCUGAGGAUAAAGAGCACUGUGAAGAAUAUGGGAGGAUGCUGCAAGCUGAUCCAAAUAAAGUAUCCGCAAGGGCUAAGAAAAGGGGUUUGCCUCAGCUGGGCACUCUGGGAGCAGGAAACCAUUAUGCUGAGAUUCAAGUCGUGGAUGAAAUUUAUAACGAGUAUGCUGCCCGGAAGAUGGGCAUAGACCACAAAGGACAAGUGUGUGUGAUGAUCCAUAGCGGCAGCAGAGGCCUGGGCCACCAAGUAGCCACAGAUGCCCUGGUGGCUAUGGAGAAAGCUAUGAAACGAGACAAGAUCAUUGUGAAUGACCGCCAGCUGGCUUGUGCCAGGAUUGCUUCCCAAGAGGGACAGGAUUACUUGAAGGGAAUGGCAGCAGCUGGAAACUAUGCAUGGGUCAAUCGUUCCUCCAUGACUUUCCUCACUAGACAGGCUUUUGCCAAAGUCUUCAAUACCACUCCUGACGAUCUGGAUUUGCAUGUGAUCUAUGACGUGUCUCACAACAUCGCUAAAGUAGAGCAGCAUGUGGUGGAUGGGAAGGAACGGACCCUGUUGGUGCACAGGAAAGGAUCUACUCGGGCUUUCCCUCCACAUCAUCCCCUCAUAGCUGUCGAUUACCAAUUGACUGGCCAGCCAGUGCUGAUUGGUGGGACUAUGGGGACGUGUAGUUAUGUCCUUACUGGUACAGACCAAGGCAUGACUGAAACUUUUGGAACCACCUGCCACGGAGCGGGCCGUGCGCUGUCCCGAGCCAAAUCUCGACGCAACUUGGAUUUCCAGGAUGUCUUGGACAAGCUGGCAGAUAUGGGGAUUGCAAUCCGUGUUGCUUCUCCCAAACUGGUCAUGGAAGAAGCACCUGAAUCUUACAAGAAUGUGACAGAUGUGGUUAACACCUGCCAUGCAGCCGGCAUCAGCAAGAAAGCCAUAAAACUGAGGCCCAUUGCAGUUAUCAAAGGCUAGAGAAGCUGGCCAGAAUUACCAUUAUCCAGGACCUUUUUGCCGCCCGUAGUGCUUGGUGACUGUAUUCUCUGUCUCAAUAGAGACAUCAACUGACAUAGGUUCUUUGUU